AUGAGGCACCACAGCUUGAUCCACCGGCUCGAAAGUGUCCGUGAAGAGGGUUUACCUGUUAUUGAUGCUGACAGACACGUUUUCCAGGCGCACCUAAAGAUGUCAAACUCUUUGGAUGUAGAUGUGGAGACGGGAGAAUCGUAUUUUGAUACAGGUAAACUAAGUGCAUUAGGUGAGGGCAGUAAGAAGCUGCCUCAGGCGAUCAUCAUCGGCGUGAAGAAAGGCGGGACGCGCGCGCUGCUGGAGUUUCUGCGAGUGCAUCCAGAUAUUCGCGCGGUCGGAGCGGAGCCGCACUUCUUCGACCGUAACUAUGACAACGGAAUGGACUGGUACAGGGACCUAAUGCCUAAAACCCUGGAGGGCCAGAUCACCAUGGAGAAAACACCAAGCUACUUUGUGACCCGCGAGGCUCCGGCCCGGAUCUACGCCAUGUCCCGCGACACCAAGCUGAUCGUGGUGGUCCGGGACCCCGUCACACGAGCCAUCUCUGACUACACGCAGACACUGUCCAAGAAGCCUGACAUUCCUACUUUUGAGAGCCUGACGUUCAAAAACAGGACUACAGGGUUGAUCGACACCUCGUGGAGCGCCAUUCAGAUCGGCAUCUACGCCAAACACCUGGACAACUGGCUGCAGUUCUUCCCCAUGAGCCAGAUCCUGUUCGUGAGCGGAGAGCGGCUGAUCAGUGACCCGGCCGGAGAGCUGGGCCGCGUGCAGGACUUUUUGGGGCUCAAGAGGAUCAUCACAGACAAACACUUCUACUUCAACCAGACCAAGGGCUUCCCUUGUCUCAAAAAGGCCGAGGGCAGCAGCAAGCCCCAUUGCCUGGGUAAAACCAAAGGGCGGAUCCAUCCAAACAUUGACCCUGAGGUCGUGCAGCGACUUAGAGACUUCUACAGACCUUUCAACAUGAAGUUCUACCAGAUGACUGGCAGGAAAUUUGGAUGGGAUGACUGAUAGUAGACAGUGAAAUAGACCUUGGAUUUUGAAACAAGGGAGAAACAACCUUACUGUGACCUCACCAGCAACAAAACUAUGAUAACCCCCAAAGUGGUCCAAUCUGGUUGUGGAAAAUGAUAGAAAAGUCCACAUCCAACUCAAGUUAGGCACAGAACACUAUGAACAAAUGUCAAA